AUGCGCGGGCAGCCGCAAGGUGCUCGCUCCGGUCCAGCGCCAACUGUCGACCAAAGAUACCAGAGGAGCCGACGACCCCCUCCCACCACGCCCCCAACCAAAUCCCCAACCACAACAUUCGACGUUAACCCUCAGCUCGUCCGGCGGCAGCUGUCGUCGCUCCCCCCGCCUCCCCAACCAGUUAACAUCCCGCCGUCGACGGCCGUUAACCUCCCGCCGCCCCAACUGUCGUCGCUCGCUCUCGGCCCUCCCCCCCCCCCCCCCCCCCCCCCCCCCAGCUGCUGACACUCCCGCCCAAAGAUUAUAUCCUCUAUAAUCUUUCCUCCCGCCCGCCAUCACCCUCUCAAUUGUCGGCGCCCACCAACCGCAUCCCCCGCCUUCCCCUCAGCUGUGUCCGCCCGUGAACCGCACGGUCGAACUGUUGACUACCCUUCUCGCCCGCACACUCAACUCAUUGUCCAACGCCCGUUAACGGCCCGCCUCCCCCAACUGUUGACCCUCGCUUAUUCUCGAACCCCAACUGUCAUCGCUCGCCCCCCGCCCAGCCUCAGCUGUCGCUUAUUCACGCUCCCCCUCCCACUCACACCUGUCAACGCCCGUUAACCGCCCGGUCCAGCAGUCGACGCGCUCGCUCCCGGGCGGCCCAACUGUCAACGCUCGCUCCCGGGCGGCCCAACUGUCAACGCUCGCUCCCGGGCGGCCCAACUGUGAACGCUCGCGCUCGACCGGCAGUUGAUGCUGGCUGGUUCACGCGCGACCCACCCCUACAACUGUCGACGCUCGCUCCCGCCCAAUCCACCUCUCCGCAGCUGUUGACGCCCGUUAUUCCAGCUGUUGACGCCCGUUACGCUGUUCACGCCCGUUAUUCCAGCUGUUGACGCCCGUUAGCCGCCCAGCCCGUCACAUCUGCAGCCGAUCCGCUCUCCCGCAGGAUGAACAUCUUCAAGCUCCACCGGCCGAUUAUUCCUUGUACUGCAAAAUUUGAUGAAGAAUUAAGUGAAGAGUCAAUAGUAGUUAUUAAAGGAAAGUUGACUGAUGAUCCUCUUAGAUUCGAUGUUAAUUUUCAGAGGGGCGACCAUCCUGAUGCUGAUAUUUUAUUCCAUUUCAAUCCCCGCUUUAAAGAGGAACUUGAGAAAAUUAUCUUUAAUUCUCGGGGACCUGAUGGCUGGGGAUUUCAGGGUGAGAAGUAUGAAAAGAUUGCUUCCAGAGGCUCACCAUUUAAGCUGGUAUUUAUGGUGUGGAGCAACUCUUUCCAGGUGUCUGUGAAUGGUAGACACAUCCUGGACUACCCACAUCGGUUAGAAGAUUGGAGACCUGACACUGUAAUAGUUUUUGGAGAUAUACAAGUAGAAAGUAUUGAUGUUCUCAAACUUUGAAUUUGAGAUAAGGCUAGCCAAUGGAGCAACAGAAUGAAACGUACAAAGCAAAAUUGAAUUACAUGUCAAGAGUAAAAAAAAUAGCAAGUUACUAAUUUCAACAUUUCAUUAUUUUUAUUUUGGGGAAAAUACAUUGGUUUGUUUGACUUUGGAUGUACUUAUAACAAGGCAGAUUGGUUCAUUUAAAACAGAGAAAUAAAAGAGGGCUGUGUUGAGUUUGUUAGAGUUACUUAAGUGUUAAAUCUACAUGGGUUUCAGCUGGUCUAUUAAAAUAUACCUUUAAUAAAUUGACUAC